AUGGUGACCAAGACCGACGUGGAAGCGGGAGGGCCAAAGGAGGAGAUCCCUCACGACCAUCUCUUCAAAGUGACGGGGCUGUCCUCUACCAAUUUGGAGAAGUUGGCUCAAGACCCGAUAUCGGACUUCGAAGAGGCGAUAACGGCCACGGGAUACGGCUGGUACAAUGUGGGGCUCAUGCUGUGCACUCUGCCCGCCUUCUGGAGCGCGGUGUCCGUCACCAGCGCCACCUCGUACAUCUUCACGCGAGCGCAGUGCGACAUGGGGCUCAAGUUGCUGGACAUGGGGACGCUUAACGCCAUCACCUAUGGAGGAAUGAUCGCGUCAGCCAUGUUGUGGGGAUUCCUGUCGGACACCCUGGGCCGUCGCAAAAUCCUGAUGUGGGGAUUCUUCUGUUCUGGCUUAGUGGAAGUCGCAGCAGCGAUGAGCCAAAACUUCACCAUAUUACUGGUCACCAGAUUCUGUAGUGGCUUUUUAUUCAACGGCCCCUUCGCUGUAUUGAUCUCCUAUUUGGCGGAGCUCCAUCGAACUGAAUUGCGCGCGCGCGUCAUCCUGCUCACCAGCCUGUUCUACACUAUCGCCAACACCAGUCUGCCCCUCUUAGCCUGGGCCAUACUCACGCAAGAUUGGCACUUCAAACCCUUCGGAGACGUCAUCGUAAUUCACGCAUGGAACCUGUUCCUAUUGGCUGCAGCAUUAGUCCCACUUUUGACGGGUGUAGCUUUCGUGUUCAUGCCGGAGAGCCCCAAGUUCCUGAUGUCGAGAGGCAGAAAUGAGGAGGCUUUGGACAUCUUUAGGAAGAUUUAUGCUAUGAACACUGGGAAACCAGCUGACACAUAUCCUGUUAAGGUGUUGGUGGAAGAGAAGAAGGAGCAACAAGCGCGAGGCUUAGCAGCUCUAAAGGCCGGAAAAGAGCAGAUGGCACCGUUAUUCCAACCGCCACACGUGGCCUAUCUUCUUCUCAUCUGCGCCACACACGCCGGGUGUAUGUUUGGGUCAAAUACAAUCCGGCUAUGGUAUCCCCAAUUAGCAGCCAUGAUCGGUUCCCACAGCACCGAGAGCCUCUGUUCAGCAAUUACCCCAGCCCCACUAGUGGCAGACGAAGAAGUAUGCCAACCAAUUGAAACCGACCUUCUCACGUAUCUCCAGAGUAUGGUGGUGGGAGCAGGGUCUAUACUCACCUAUGGUAUUGGCGGGGCGCUUAUUAAUAGGUGCGGUAAGAAGCUGGUAGCUGGCGUGUGCAGCAUCCUCAGUGCGGUGGUAAUAGUCGCGAUGCCCUUUUUAGGCACCAGCGCAAAUGCAGUAGCUGCCAUCGUCACGACAGCCUUGGCGCUCACCUCUUUGGCUGGUGCCUCGCUCUCCAGCAUCACUGUUGAUCUCUUUCCGACCUCACUCAGAGUCAUGGCGAUGGCGACAUUUCUGAUGUGUGGCAGACUUGGUACAAUAUCAGGAACAGUAGCAUUCCCUGCACUCAUCGACUACGGAUGUUUACCACCAUUUUUUACUAUUGCAGCCGUGUUAAUUGUGUGUGGCAUUGCGUGUUUCUUCGUUCCCAAUACGACGCUCAAAAAACUGGAGUAG